CCCAGUUCGAGUAGGGCGAGGGGCCUCCGAAAGGUUUUUGACGGUCUUCUUUAUUGUCGUCUAAUAUGCGUUGUUGUUUUUGUUUGAUUUUGAUAGUAUCAGAUACAGAUACAGUCCAAGAAGUCGUGCAGUGCAAAUUGCUCACGGCCUGCUCGAGGAGAGAGAUGAAUGAAGGCGCCAGUAUUCCUUCGGCAUAAAGAACCUCGCGUUUUUUUUCCUGUUGCAAAAACCACUACGUACAGAACCGGAAGUGUCAGUGUCAUAAUUUGAUGCGUUUCAGUUGACUUUACGACUACUCUUUUACUUUUUUCCCGACGGCACCACACCUCUCCAUUUGCAGAGAUUCAUUGCUGUAGGUGUAGCUGUAGCUCGACCUUGAGUGUUUGUGUUGAUGUCCUUCGGCUGCAUAAUUGAGUUCUGAUCACCAGCAUCCCAGCGGCUGGCACAAGUCGAACUUUCCUUGUUGACUGCUACGAAGAAGAUAGAGCAAGAACUAGGUAAAUAUCGUUUACGUUUCACUAUCUCGAUCGUCAUAAUGACAAGGAACGAAACCAACGAUGGCGAAGACUUCGAGUUUUACCAUCACGACGCAGAAAUAAAAAUGGACGAUGAAAAAGAGGAAGAUGGCGAGAAAGCAGAUGAGGAAUCGGAGGGCACAACCAGCGGUCCAGCACCGAAGAACACAGUGACGGUGAUCGACGCUGCGGCAAACCUGCUGUGUUUGGUUUCCCGCCCCGGUGAUGGACCAUGCGCCCUUCUCGUCGGCGAAAUUCGCAAGCGUGUUGCCGCGGUCAAAAACCUGCUGCCGCAGCACAUUGGUCUGGUCGACUCUGAAACGGGCGAGUCCUACUCAGACGACGAAGAGGUCUACAUUGCGGGUGAAAAAGGAGAACCUUCGCAACUGGGCGGCAGCGGCAGAACUACCAAUGUUCUUGUGGCAAGCAAGGAGCCUCUUCUUCCGGAUCCGUUGCUUGGAACCUGCUCUGGUAAAACUAAAACUUCUAUAGACGGCGGGGGACAACUUCUUGCCGGACGCGGACCCGGAUCUGAUGAGUCAGAAUCUGUUGGCAGGAAUGAUGGAGUCUCUUCCUCCAUUGAUGACCAGGAGUGCCACGACGAGCAGGUGACUAGCAGUAUGACGUCGAAGCGGCGUUGCCUCGAGAAGCCGAGCGAAAACGAACACGAAGAAAAAAUCGAAACCAGUACAGAUGAUGUGAACAAAGAUAAAGAAGCAGAUGCAGACCCGCCGCACGAAGGAGAAGAACAAGUAGAGGAAGAGCAAGAGAAGAAUGCUUGCCCGCCACCAGCGGGCCAACAAAUUAGCGUCGCAGAGCCAGGAACCAGCACACCGACGGAAAAGAAAAAGAGCCGGACGGUGCACGCGAUAGUCAAGCAGCCAAAAGUAGACGCAUGGGAAGCAGCGAAGAAUCUUGUUUGUACCACCAAGGAAGACGCAAACUUUGACGUCGAAGACUGGGGGGAAGCCGCGGUCCUUGAGUUUGCUGCCGAGCACGAGGACGCUGCCCCGUUAGAUGACCUAGAGACGAUGAUGGCCCUUACGGAGAGCGUUUUUACGGAGAUGUAUCUGGCUGAAGCCGACGAAGCGCGGUUGAGUGCGAUUGUGUGGUGGAUCUACUGGAAAUCCGGAGCGAAAGUGCGCGAUAGCAUCAAGUUCGUCGAACACAUUUCGCAGUUCCAGAUCUAUGGUGUUGACGCAGGGGUAUUGAUUUCUACAUCCCUCCCCAAAGACGGGUAAGUUGAGUUGUAUCGCUAACAUUUUGUUUUGAUUCGACUGAAAGGCGACCAAAGUGAAAGUUGUGCCAAAAAACAAUAGAAAUUCCUAGGAUGUUUAUUUGAGCUGGAGAAUUUAAUGUCGGUUUAUCUUCAUCAUAAUGAUAAAUAAACAUUUUAUCAGUGGUUCGGCAACUGGUUUGAAGACAACGCGGAAUUCCGUGACAGUGAGAAGCUUGCGACUCUUGCGGUGCGUUACUUCGAUGCGAAAUACGUCAGUGUGAUAUCUCACAGGCUGUCCGAGGUAGAAGAAGGCAAUCCGAACAUCAUUUUGGAACUGGUGGCGGCUGUGAAAGAUUCUGAGUCUCUUUAUUUUCUGCUGACAGCAAUUCCCUACUUCUUUUGCUACGAGCGGUCUGAAGCGCCACGAAAGCAUUUGAUGCUUGAAGCGAUCAAAAGCUUCAAGCGCGGGAAGCCGGUGUCAGAACCCAAGCUGACGCCGAAACUCAUGGAUGAGAUAAAAGACACUCUCUUCACUUCCGAUAGUUACGAGGAGGACGACUGGCAGUCGGAAAGCCGUGUGGACGUCGAUUGCGUUUUUGCCUACCUGUCAAUCUGCUCGCUCUGCUGCCCCAGCUUCGAAGAGGCUUUUGAAAUGGUGUCGGAAGAGCGCAUCGCUGACAAAAAUUUUGUGAUGGACCACUUGCUCGAAGUGUUCCGCCGCAACAGGCCGGAGAUGGUAGAAGAAUUUCUGCGCACCUCCCCAGGAACCAAAUUUCGAAGGGACCUGGAUUUCAUGAGUGAGCUUCUGAGCAACAACUCCGAGCAUGGUGGCGACUGCCUACAGUACGCCAGUGUAGUUCUGCGACGCGACGAGACGCUCUGGCUGCUCGCAUGGAGGUCGCAGAUGCUUGCUAUCAGCCGGAACCCGCGCCGCAUCUUGUUUGCACAGCCAUCACAGAUGCGGACGGGCACGAAGGUACUGCUUCGACCAGAGAACAGAAGGUUUACUGCAGAUGCCGAAGCGGUCCAGACUGAGGCCCGGACUCUCAGCCUGUUGCAGACUGGACUGUGUUGUUCGCGGAGCAGUACUAGUACCGAAGAUGAACAAAAGAGGACUGCUGUGCUGUACGACGAAACCUAUGCCCUAUGCCCGCUUUUGUUUUCGUCACAGAGGCCCUUUCUUCCCCUGCUUCAUGAAUGCACCCCCGCGAUGAAGAUGUCCAAGCACGACAAGAGCAAGGCCAAGGGGCACGAGCACGACCUUUGGCUUUCUAGUCGUGUGGACAGAGCUGUGCGAAUGUUCGGGGCAGUGGCUCGGAUAGCGCUUGCUGCGGGGCUUAGCGGUAACGACCUGGGAGACUACUUGACCGGAUUUUGUUGCGUGAACAGUUCUUCCCAUUAUUGUGCCAAUUGUCCUUUCCACAGGCGAACGGACCUACUGCUGCAAGACGCAGCGUGCGUCCGGAAUAUGAAAGCGGUCAGUGAAUUGUACAGGAAGUACACUACAACCAGCUGCUCGGAGGCUAGCUCUCCCUCCUCUACUUCUUCCACUGCUACCUCUGCGAGCGCGACGCACCUCUGCUGUUGCGUGGUCCCCAAGGCCUUGCAACUACCUCCGGAGAACGAGUGGAUGAGUGAAGAAAUAGAAAUUCAAAGUGGGGAAGUAGAUCAGAAAGAGCAAGUAGAACCAGACACGCAAGCUGGAUCUACAGCUGCGCAGUCGAUGAAGGACGUUGGCGGGGGCUCACCGGCCGUGGAGGGGUGCGGCACUACAGGAGUUGCAAAUGCGAAUGUCGUGUCGGCAACAUUAACUCCCAGUGUGCGGUUUGCGAACGCCCUAGCACAUGGUGGGUGGGACUUGGCCAGAAAGAUCAUUCUCGGGGAGAUUUCCGUUCCGGUUGACGGCGUUCAACAUCAAGUUGUAACACAGGACGAGAUUGCGUCGCAAUGUGCAACGGCAGGUCAUCUUCUCUCGCUGAAGAAGUAUAUUGCCGACACACACAAAAACUCUACCGCUUCAUCCCCGCUCGGUAAGAGCACUAUGGACGAACUUUUUCGGGUUUGGUGCAGAGGGAACGGUCCAGGCCUUUUGCGGCCGGUGGAGCAUAUUGCACCGUCGGCCGUGGAGGAAUCUCUCGCAACGUCGUCCUGUCCCAUGUCUUCUACUUCGAGCACUGCAGCUGGUGUUGGUCACGCUGACCAAGCCACCAUAUCAGCGCGAGCGCUGUCGACUCUCCAACAAGACAAUAACUUCCUAUUCGACCUGGUUUAUGGAGGCUGUCCAUUGAGUGAGCUGGCGGAAUGUCUUAUUCCAGAAUGGCGAAGCUCCUGCUUGAAAUUCGCAGUAGACGCUGCUAGUGUCUUUGGCUUUUCCGCGUUCACGUAUUUCUCGCAAGACCUGCGAUGGAGGCCGGAAGUGCUGGCGGCGGCUGCUAAACCAAACAAGCUGUUUUCGGAUCGCGACAAGCAUUGCCCGCACCGGAGAAAUAUCUACGACAAAUGCAAGAGCGCAAGUCGGAAAUGGCUUGCGCAGAACAUCAGCAAGAUUCUCGUCGUCCUUCGAGACCAAAUGGAUGCGAUUGCGUCCAAGGAGGUUCUCGUCGCACUUGCUGCCGAAAUUCCCUACCAGCUCUGGGCUGCAUUGCCCGUCGCAUGGCGACGAUCUUGUCCGGAUUCGGUUGCGAAAAAGUUUUUGCAGGCGACUAUAGACGAGAGCCCGGAUCGCCUGGUGCGGUUUUGGAAAACCUUAUCGCCGGCACAGCGGGCGGACGCGUCGUUUCUCCAGUCGGUUUUUGCGGCACGCUUUUGGGAUAGGCAUACGGAUUGUAAUUAUACUAGUGGACACGGCGAUGACCUCCUCCCCUUCUUUCAUUAUCUCAAACCGGAUGCCAAACUCCACGUCCUCCUGUCGUCUCCUUACUGGUGCACGAUGCUUUUAUGCAGGAAUCUGGGAGAAGGGGGAUUUGGACUUGGAGUAGUUCCUCCAUCACAACUUUUCGAGUUGAGUUUUUGGCUAGCUGUCGUUCGCGGAGCGAGUACUCUUCUCAGCGAACGCCCACACGGUAGAUGGUUGGACAGCGAACGUGCUCAGUUCUGCGGCCCCCCCUGGAGCUUGCGGCGUGAUCCAAAUUUCGUCGACGCAGUCGCAAGAAUUAGUCCCAGCAUCGCGGUGGCCCUCGCGAGCAGCGAGGUCUUGGCCUGCAAAAGCAUGAUGAUGAACCUGAUUCGCCGAUUGGACGUGGUCGUCGGCGAAGUAGAAGACGCGGACAAGUCUAGACAAAAGUCGUAUCGAGUGGAGCGAGACAUCGAGCGCCUACUGUGCAACACAUCGCGAGCCGUCUGCGAGGACGCGAACAUAGUUACCGAAGCGGCGAGGCGUAAUGGAAUUCGUGCCAUCCGUGCUGCGUCGCGGGAUUUACGAAGCCGGAAGGACAUUGCAAUGUUGGCUGUCCAGCAAAGCGGACUGGCACUCCAGCACCUACCGCCAAAACUAUCUGCUGAUGAGGACGUGUGUCUCGCAGCGGUGUCGCAAAACGGGCUGGCGUUGGAGUUUUGUAGUAUGAAAAUGCGUUCGCAAAGCCGUUCCAUCGUGUUGGCUGCGGUAAAACAAAACCCGCGCGCAAUCUUUUUUGCCCGUGGCGAGAGGUUUCUCGGUGUUUCCGACCCCGAGGCUUUCAGCGCUGCCUGCAAGUGCAGGGAGUAUGUCAUGUACCUAGCCGGCUUCUGUCUGAGUGUCCCGAGGAGCCAUCCGCUAGCGUCACGCCGGGUAGAUUUCCUGCGCGAACUCAUUCUGGCGAAGGCAGCUGAUGUUAGCUGUCUAAGUGGAAUGGCAGGAUUAUUCACAGGCGAGGACGUGAGCGAGAGCGGAGAUGAUCCGCUCUGCAGAACGUUUUUGUAUAAGCGGGAUGAAGCGAUGCGCUUGGUGCGAGAAAUAAGCGGGGAGGCGCUUGCCUAUUUACCAAUCCAGCUGCGCGGAGAGCUUGACAUCGCAAAAGCCGCUGUCGGGAACACGGGCAAGGCCCUGCGAUACGUUUGCCCAACGCUGCUACGUAGCACGGAGCACGGCAAGCAGCUUACUCUCGCGGCGUUGCGAAGUCAGAAGAAUCGCGCCGCCGCGAUACCCGCCGUUCCUAUGUCGCUGUUGCGGGACGAUGCGGAAGUGUCCGCUGCGAUCCAGGAAAUUAUUGCAGAGUCCGAAAUAGAUAACGCUAACGGAGCGCCCGGGUCUGGAAAUAAUCGCUCUACUUGGAAGCCUUUGCCCGUCACCGUUGAUGAUUUCGCGACGAUCUCGCUGGAAGGCGUCGAACAGCAGAUUGUGAUCAACGAGGAGACCACCGAUGAUGAAGAUAAAAGCGACGAGGAUGAGGACGAGAUGGCCGGGGAAGAAGCGGAGCAAAUGUAAACAGAUGAUGUAGAAGAUUUAGUUCUGUGCAGCUGGUUGAGAUGACAAUGACUAUGUUGACAGCUACGAAAAGGGCGAAAACAUGCCUCAUGCGAUUAUUGUGUGCGUGCAAUCUGCUUGCGCUUGGUGGUCGCUAACGCUGACCUGCUGCUCAACAUUUUUUUCGAACUUACUUGCAGAUGGAGAUACGCACUUGAUUCAGAGACAAUCCGACAGAAGGUGAUCGAGUAUUCGUUUCCAAUGUUUAUGUCAAGCACGCUGUUUUAAUUGUAAUUGAUUUCUCAUUGGCCGUGUUCCUUCGUCUACUUACGCAGUUUCUUUACAACAGGACUCGCGGGCAAUUUUUGUGGUUGAGACAUUGUUUGCGAUGCAGAAAAAAUUGUUUCAGGUCCAGAGAGGG